GGGCGCGCCCGGCCUGUCGGCGGUAGCUGCGGCUUUGGCUCACCUGGAGUGUCCCGCCCACGUCAGUCGCGCGCGGUGGCCUGCAGGGUGCCAGCCCCUCGGGCCCUUCCCGGGCUCUGGGAGGGCGGGGCCCUACAUCAGCGACCACCUUAAAAGAGGAGAACCCGUUGGGAACAAGCUAUGCGGGGAGAAAAUCAAAGUGAACUGGAGAAAAUGAAUCUUUCUCCUAAGGAGACAGAAGUUAGGGAAAAUGAGAUGUCAGAAGAUAAGGACAAUGGCAGUGGAGAUGAGGUUGUCAUCCUUCAGAAUAAUGGCAGGAAGCAUGCUAUGGCUCCAGGAAGGAAGAAAGGGGGACAAAAAUCUCUAGCUCCUAUGUUUGCUGAGAAAUUAAUAUCACCAAGCAGGAAAGGAGCCAUGUGGGCCAAGCAGGCACAGGACAGGAGGAGUGCCAAGCUUGAGAACCAUGAGAACUUUGAAGAGAAUGAAGAUGAUAACAGUGAGUUAGAUGAGCUCAAGGAAGGUAAAGAAUCCUCUUCCAGGUGGUUCCUGGCUAGUGCCUGUAAAGUGAUAAGAGUCUGCCACCCUGCAUGCCAUUCUACAGUGCUUGGGGACAGGUUCUCUGAAAUUACAUUCUUCUGA